UUGCUACAUUUCUCCUUGUUUAGGUCAGAGAGGGAGGAGCUAUGUGACGUGAAGAACUUCCAGAUCAAAGCACGGAAUAACAAGAAGAAACAGCAAGUGUUUGUGUCUUUGUAUAAUGAGGACGAAGGUCAGGAAGAGCUGAUGGAGCCCAAGGGGAAGGUGGGUAAGAAGCGAAGGGAUCGUCUAAAGAGGUCUGAGGUCAAGAUGGAGAAGCAAGAUCUGUCAGAAGAUACAUCUGAAAGCCCUGUAGUUGACGGCAUAGACCAAACAGACGUCCAGGACCUCAAAGAAGUCGCUGUACAGGAUGAAGGGGAGGAUGAUGAGGAGUUCCUGGUUCCUAAGAAAAAGAAGAAGCUGGAAGAGACUGCUGUAACCCCGAAUGAGGAGGUGGCCAAGGAAAGGACUGAAAAACCUCAAUGGCUUAAAAAGAAAAUGAGGCACAGGGGCGGACGCCUACUUUCCAGGUCCAUGACGGUGAAGAUGGCUGGAAGAGAGUUCAGCCGACAGAGACUCCAAGCCUACGGGCUGAAUCCAAAGAGACUCCACUUUAGAGAGCUGUACAGACAGAAGAGAAAAGAGCGGGAGAAAAAGGAAAAGCAGCAGAAAAAGAGCAAACCGUCAUGCUGAAAGUAAACCAUUUUGAGUUUGUGUUUGGCAUAUUGAAUUUUAUUGUAUUUUUUUCACGAGGGACCA